UCUUUUACAGCUCUCCGAAGAGAUCGCCGAACUGUCACAGUUUGUCAGUCAGGCGAAGCUGUCAAACAACAAGGUUUUCCUUGAGCGUGAGAUCAACCGUCUAAAAACACGAAAGACCAAUCUGGAAAAGGAGCUGGAGAAGAUCAAGGCUGCGGUUAGUGGUCAGAGCGCUCAAACGGCUUCCAGCAGUGAAUUGGGCAUCAUUCUUGUCACCAACUAUAUGUGGGAUCAGACAAAUGAUUUCGUGAAGAUCUACAUUGAGGUGGACAAAAACCAGAAAAUUGAGAAUGACCAGUUGUCUAUCAAGUUUGUCUCGAACACUAGCUUUACUUGUGUUUUUGGCAAGUUCCGUUUCACUCUUGGUCGCCUCUGCAAGGACGUCAACACUGAAAAGAGCACUGUCAAAAUUACUAAAUCCAAUCGAGUAAUCAUCACCCUCUACAAGAAGGUUGCUGAGAACUGGCCUUCCCUGAAUGUUAGUGAAAGUGCCCUCAAGAAGAGCCCUCUGGGUGAUCCUAGUGAAGCGAUGGGCGAUGAUCCAUCAGGCGGGAUCAUGAAACUGAUGAAGAACAUGUACGACGAGGGCGACGACGAAAUGAAGCGUACAAUCAUGAAGACCUAUUACGAGUCGCAGCAGAAACAAGGCCAAGGUCUCGAUCCGACUGCCAUGAACUUCUAA